GUUUAUGUUGAUUUAUCGAUGAAAUCACUAAUACGAUAACGGGCCAAUGUGAACAUAAAUACACUUUCGAGCCAACACGCUACUGUUGUAGCCGCGCUUAUUUUCGCGCCGCCGUAUUUACUGGCGUGUAUUGAUGGUUUGUCUUUGAAAUCCAUAACACAUACCGCCUACACUCGCCGGCAAAUACAUCUGGGGGCUACUGCCGCCGAUACCUCGCCUACAACCGAUGGAUAGCACGGGUUGUUCGGGUGACGACGAUGACAAAACGAGGGAAAAAGACAACGAACACCGUGCAAUGAAACCGAAACUGAAAUACUCGUUAUCGUACUGCCCAUCCAUGUCUCGGCCGUUGGAUUUCAGCGUCAAAGGUCCCGUGCCGAUUUACAUACAUAAAAAACAGAAGGUGCUGACCGGCUGCUCGUACAUAGAACUAAAACUACAGAAACACUCAAAGGUGGGCGAGAUAACGUUCAGAAACUAUUACACAGCCAGCGUGAGCAUUUUGCUACUGAGAUCCAACACACAGGGUCCGACGGUGGGUUCGAGAAACUGGGAAAUAGGCAUUAAGAACAGGAUUCUAAUGAAACAACCACACUGCGAGAACGGCGCUCAAGACUAUUUCUCAUUGUUUUCCACGGAGGUAUGGAAUAACGUUUCAAAACUAAAAAUCAUACUCAGACAACCAUCGCCGAUGUGUAAGACGUUCCAUUUAGAAGAAAUCAAACUGUACGCGGACGUGCCGCGUUUUGGAAGACCGUUCUUCGAGCAAAAACUACCUUUAUACCUAAUAAACAAUACCACAGCAGCUAUAACAUGGAAACCGAAUUCAAAAACAAAUGAAAUGUCAUCCGUAUACAAAUCAGAUAUAAAUAAGAAAACACAGUUUGGUUAUGUAGUUGAACAAGUGCCAAGCAGUUAUGACAGUUCAAAAAUAAUAUAAAAUAUAAAAACCUUUAGAAAAAGAUUUAUGUCAUCAAACUAUAACAUAAAUAUAUUUAACACUGAUAAAUUAUAAUAA